AAUGUUCUUUAUAUUGUACAUUACUGCUGAACUAAAUCCCUAUUUUUUAACAUGUCUGAUCAUGAAUGACAACUUCAUUUCAGUAAGCUAUAAGAGUAUGGAACAAGAACCUACUGUUUACACUGGUUACGACAUGCAUCCUUGCUAUAAAAUUCAUAAUGCCUCCAACAUGCAGAGAUCCCCUUCCACCAAAUGUGUUUUAUUGUAUGUUUUCCUUGGCUCAUUGUCUGUUGUAACAACAUGUGGAAAUCUUCUUGUAAUAAUCUCUAUCAUUUACUUCAAACAGCUCCACACUCCCACUAACUACCUUGUUCUCUCCCUGGCUGUGGCUGACUUGCUUGUUGGGACUUUUGUCUUUCCUUCAAGCAUGGUAUUCCCUUUCAGCUUGUGUCUGUAUCAUGAGAAUUUAGUUUGCAAAGUGCGUGAUUGUUUUGAUGUAUCACUCUGCGCAUCUUCGAUUCUGAACCUAUGUUGCAUUUCUAUUGAUAGAUAUCAUGCAGUGUGUCAGCCUCUGACAUACCGAGCUAAAAUAAAUCAUCAUAAUGCUGUAGUCAUGAUUAUUCUGAGCUGGACUGUUUCUAUCGUGACUGGAAUUGGCUUCACGUUAUCAGACCAAAAGAACUGCACUCAACCAUGCACAACUUCUAUUGGAUUUACUGUAACAUUUUACCUGCCAGUGAUCGUAAUGCUGUGUAUCUACCUGAAGAUUUUCUUUGUUGCACAGAGACAUGCACGCAGCAUCCAGAACACAACAAAGUCUAGAGCAACUGUCAGUAAGAUGGAGAGGAAGGCCACCAAAACACUGGCUAUUGUUAUGGGAGUUUUUUUGGGGUGUUGGUUUCCUUUCUUUUUUUGUAUCACCUUUCUUUCAGUUAGUAUUUCAGUGCCAGUUCCUGUGAUUGAAGCUCUAAACUGGCUAGUUUUUUCAAAUUCAAUGCUGAAUCCAUUUAUUUAUGCCUUCUUCUUCAGCUGGUUCAGAUCAGCUUUCAGGAUGAUCAUUUCUGGAAGAAUAUUUCAAGGUGAUUUUACUAAUUCAAAAUUGUGA